AUGUCUCUCCUUUCGGUGGCUGCAUUCGCAGAUGUGUUUCCUUCCUCUACUAUUCUCCACGCCGCGGAACUGCUAGUAGCCUGCUUUCUCCUCCUGUGGCCUUUCUACAAUGUGUUCCUCCACCCGCUCAGCAAGUACCCCGGUCCAAGGCUCUUUGCAGCCUCUUCUCUGCCGUACGGCUACUGGUACAUGACCGGGAAAUGGCACGUCAAGAUUAUGGAACUGCACAACAAAUACGGGCCCAUCGUCCGCGUCGGCCCCGACGAGCUGUCCUAUGCGCUGCCCGAGGCCUGGGACGAUAUCUACGGCCGCUACGUCCCCGCAAAACGCAAGGAGAACUCCAAGCCCGCCUGGUACUGCAGUCCAGACGCACACGACAUGGUCGGCGCCACCCUCGGUGACCAUGGACGCAUGCGUCGUGUCAUGGCCCCGGGCUUCACAUACGGCGCCAUGUGUAGACAGGAGCCCCUUAUAAGACAGCACGUCGACCUGUUCCUGUUGAGACUGGACGAGCUAUGUGUCCGAGGUCUCGGGGAGGGCGGAGCCGUCGUCAACAUGCUCGAGUGGUUCACCUACUGCACCUUCGACAUCAUAGGGGACCUGUCCUUCGGCGAGCCGUUUGGCUGUCUGAAGGACUCCAUGUUGCACCCCUGGCUUCGGCUGGUCUUUGCCAACAUCUAUAUCACCCACUUGUUCAUGCUGUGCAAACGAAUACCCUUCUUCUACGUCUUCCUUCCCGUCAAGGCCACCGUCCAAAUGUACCGCGACUUCACGAGACACGUCGUCGUAUUGAGGCAAGUGGUGGAGCGGCGACUGGCGCUUCGCAAAAAGCGCGACGACUUCAUGGACGUCAUGUCCUCGACCCCGAAAAAGAGCCUAUACAUGACGCAGGAAGAGAUGUUCAAGAAUGCCAUCCUCCUCACCGGCGGCGGCGCCGAGACAACCUCGAGCGCACUGACGGGCAUGGCCUACACCCUUGCCAAUAGGCCAGAUCUGAAGCGCAAGAUCACAGAGGAGCUUCACGCCACUUUUGCCACGGAGGACGACAUCAAUAUGCGCAGCGUUGCGAACCUGACAUACACAGGGGCCUUCAUACAGGAGUCUCUUCGCUACUAUCCUCCGGGUCCUAACGCCAUGUGGCGCAUGACUCCGCCUGAGGGGAACACAAUUUUGGGCGAGGAUAUACCGGGCAAUACCAUACUGGGCAUCCCACACCGCGUCGUUUAUCGUAGCGAGAAGUUCUGGAAACACGCCCAAGAGUUCCGCCCGGAGCGCUGGCUUCCCGAAGGGCAGCGGCCCGCCGAGUUUGAUGACGACCGCCGCGACGGCUUUCAUCCUUUCUCGUACGGCCCGCGCGCGUGUAUCGCGAUCAAUCUCGCCUACGCCGAGAUGCGCUACAUUCUCGCGCGGUUCCUGUGGAACUUUGACGUCGACAUGACAGAGCAGAGCCGCGGCUGGAUGGACAACCAAAAGGCAUACCUCGUCUGGGACAAGCCGGGCCUGUUCUUGCGCCUCAAGCCCGCUAAGAACGUUGAAGAGACGAAAUGUUAA